CAGUCGAUUGCAAUCGCCCGACAGUGCUGGUCAGCACCGCUGCCAGUACGUUGACUUUUUACUUACUCGUAGUUUUCUUGGUGCGCAUUGCCACCCACGCAAGAAUUUCAAGUGCAUCGCCGCGUGCCCAUCGUCGUGGGGCACCUUCGACGGGCCAGCGCUUUUAUUAUAAAUAACAAUUUGCGCCUAGUGGUUGCUGUUUGCAGAGUCUAUUGUUGACACCCAGUAAGCCAGUUUCGCAAACGCGAAAGCGUGGCUGAGAGUGUCGAAAAACAGUUCCGCUGACAGUUGAAAAUCAAAUUGUAUUCUGGGCAUUCUUGGUGCUUCUCCGUUUUGCAUUUAAACAAUUAUUACUUUUCUUUUUUGUUAGUUUCUAAUUUGUUUUUCGGAUUUUUUAAAGUAAUAUUAAGUUAUUAAGAGCGAGUUUUAAUAUGGCAUCGAAUCGCAGCAUUGCAGAUCGUUUCUCGUGUCGUCAGAUUCUGAAUAUCAUGGUGAUUCUUGGAUUCAUGUUGAACUACAUGUUACGUGUCAAUUUAACGAUAGCUAUCGUGGCUAUGGUAUUACCCAGCAACAGCUCUGAACAUUCCAACAAAACCAUCACGGAUCCAGGAUGUGCUGGACUGGUUGAUUCCCAUAAAAAUUUCACAGCUAAUAUGAGUCUAAUUGAACAGGGGGACUUACCGGCAAAAAAUGAUGCCAUCGAACAAACCAGGUACUCAUGGAACGAGUACGAGGUAAACAAGAUCUUGGGUAGCUUCUUCUGGGGGUACAUUUGCACCGAGUUACCCGGUGGUCGGCUUGCGGAGAUCGUUGGUGCCAAAAGGGUGUUUGGGUACAGCAUGCUGACCGCAAGCGCUAUCACUCUUCUCACACCGUUGGCAGCGACACUCGGCUAUCCUGCGGUUGCGGCUCUCAGAGUGAUUCUUGGCUUUAUGCUGGGAGCCACUUGGCCCGCCAUUCAUCCCAUGACUGCACGAUGGAUUCCUCCAAUGGAACGGAGCAAAUUCAUUGCGAAUAUGAUGGCAUCUUCUCUUGGCGCGGCAAUCACGAUGCCGAUAUGUGGGUUCCUGAUUGCUUCGAUUGGGUGGGAAUCGGUCUUCUACGUGACCGGUGGAAUCAGCUUAAUAUGGAGCAUCGCCUGGUUCGUUGUUGUCUAUGAUUCUCCAGCUGAACAUCCUCGCAUCUCAGCCGAGGAACGCAGGUUUAUCGAAGAGUCCAUCGGGACGUCUUCUACUUCGAAGCACUCGGCUGUACCGUGGAAGGCGAUGUUGACGUCUGUCCCUGUUUGGGCAAUCAUCAUCACCCACGGAUGCAGUGUUUUCGGUUACUUCACGGUGGUGAAUCAGCUACCAACUUAUAUGAAAUACAUUCUGGGCUUCGAAAUUAAAAAGAAUGGUCUACUUUCGUCCUUACCUUACCUAGGGAAGUAUUGUUUCGCCGUGUUGACUUCAUCUGUGGCCGAUUAUCUGAGACGAACUAAUAAGCUCUCAGUUACAGCGAUUCGAAAAAGCUUUACUGCCUUCGCGGUAAUGACUCCUGGACUGCUGAUGAUCGUGCAAGCUUUUAUGGGAUGUGACCAGAUUACUUCUGUGGCGAUAUUUACAGUCGCCCUGACGAUUAACGGCGGAGUGACUGCUGGAUACUUAGGAAAUGGCUUAGACAUUGCCCCAAAUUUUUCUGGGACGAUUUUUGGGUUGGCGAAUACUCUUAGUUCCUUAGGAGGCUUCUUGAGCGCCGAAAUGGUUGGCUCGUUGACUCUCAACAACCAGACCUUCCCGCAGUGGAGGAUAGUGUUUUGGAUUCUUGCUGCAACCUAUGUGUCGGGUGGUCUGACCUUUACGUUCUUCGGAUCCGGGAAACUCCAGUCUUGGAAUAGUCCAAGGAGCGAUAGAAGUAUCCCGGAAAAGGAGCGGGCUUUGGAGAACGUCAAAUCACCCGAAGAGGCAAUUCCUCUGAAAGGCAAGACUGAAGUAUGAGCAGGGGGUGACAGGUCCACAACUCAAAUGUCUAGGCACGUAAAGCUGUAUUGGAUGUAAAUCUUUCCUUCCGGUUCAUUGCUGGUUUGGCUUUAACAAUGUGGAAAUCACAGUAUUUCAUUAGUCUAUGUGAUACUCGAAGCUCAACAGGAAAAGUACGACAAAAAUUAUUCAGUGAUAGUUUUGUGCGAGCACGAAAAUGACGAAGAGCUUGAUGGACGUUAAAUUCUAACAAUAAGGCUGGGCCAAUCGAUUCAAUGAAAUUAAAACUUUUGAACGCAAUCUUCAAGGUACCUACAUGAAGAUAUCAACGUCGAGGUAUCUUCACUGUCGUAAAUGAUUAACAGACUCUAAUAUGGGCAGAAUGCGGUAAAGGAUGCAAUUGUAUUUAUACAUCGAUGGCAGUGAGCAACAAUCUUCUGAUUAUAUCUUCAAAGUAACAAAACCGUAUCAAUCAUAUUAGCGUGCUUUUGGCGCUAUACAGAAAUUGAAAGUCAUAAUUACGAUGAAUUUUUCAAGAGCUGUGCAUCUCUCGGGUAGGAAACUGUUGCUCUGCCGGUAAUAACUAUAUGGAAAACGAGAUGAGCUAGAAAAUUAUCGCUUGAAAAUUAUUGAGGAAUCUGCAGAGGAUAUAAGACAAUAUGGAACAGAUUUAACGUUUUGUCCAACAGCCCUUUUGAAAUUAAUUUAUCAGUUGGGGCUUUUAAGUAUGUCCCGAAGAAUAAUCUGCCAUUAUUAUAAGCACUUGGAAAAUCCUUAAACUUUGAAUGUUCACAGACAUUUAUUGUGGAGCUCGGUAUUUCUUCGAAGUUCUAAACUUUCAAGUAGGUAUAACUAUGAAAUUUGAAUUGAACAGAUCGCAAGGUUUAAGAAGAUAUCAACGUUGCAUCAGACAAGAGGUAUAUACGUGAGCACAUUACCAUUUUGUAAAUUGUAUUUUAUCGAAAUAUGUAAAUAAAGAUUUAAGUUUUUU